UCGGUCGGGGCCAGCGACUACCUCACCGCGAACUACAAGAAGCUCAUGCGCAUCGCCGAGGCCUUGCGCUACUUCUCGGCCCCGUACAUCUCUGCGGCCGGCUGGAACGCCGAGCCGCGCCUUCUCGAGGACCUCGGCUUCAUGCAGGCGCUGCCCGCCAUCGCGGUGGCGCCCCCCACUGGCACGUGCAGGGCUGCCACCACUGGCAACCUCAGCACCAUAGACUACUGGCUCACCUCGCCUGACUUCGCGAAGGACGUCUUGAUCUUGCGGCUCGGCCUCGGGUCCAUCUACAGCUUCACCUUCGUGCUCCGAAGGCUUUCCCACGGCAGCCGCCGCGCUUCGCUGGCGCCAGCCCGCUGCCAGGCCCACCGCCACAGAAGCCGCACAUCGAGGCCGUUCAAGGAGAUGCACGCCGUGGACUACCAGAAGGCGCUCAAGCAGCUCAACAGCGCUUGGGCGCACUGCACUCCACCUUCACCUCCUUCGUGGAGCAGGGCCUCUGCCACAUCUACCAGCUGCAGGACGCCGAGCGCUACUGUGGCAGGGCCGCGCGACCCACGUAUGUUUGGCGGCCAGUUGGCGGACCACCACUUCGACAAGGACAUCCACUCGCAGGAGGGCGCUUUCUUGUUUGAGGCGGCCUGGCGUCUCAUCCACUACGCGGUCAUGCAAGAUUUCAACGUCUGCCUCACCUUGCCCGCUGCAUACGCGACCGCGGUCGAGUCUCACGCUGAGAAGUUGGAGCCCCAGGCAGCUCGGAAGCGCACGGGGCAGUUUCGCGAGUGGGCCCAGGACGCCAUGAUCACGGGAGCUGCCCCCCUCUUCGGCAUGACGAAGCUGAGGGGCUGGGCACACAAUGAGGUGGACAGGUUCGGCAUCCGCGCGGCCUUGCCAAAGGCCGUGGCCAACAGCCAGAUGGACUUCUGGAAUGACAUCUGGAAGGGGGACGUGGUCUCGCCGAAGCCAGACGAGGACAAGGUCAUGACGGACUUCGGCGACAUCACA